CAGCGGAGCCUAGCUCGUUAAGUGACGUCACGAGAGGUAGAUGAGCCGUUGGAAUGUGCAUGAUGUCAAGAAAAUGCGGAUUUUUCCGUGUUCCCAAAUAAGAGCCCUCACCGGGCACGUUAUGGAGCCGUGGUACCGGUUGAGUCAUGGUGUUGCCAUGCUCGCUAAGAGGUCAUGCCCACUGGAGCGAAGAGGUGCUGAGCUCCAGAUUGCCAAGGCGAUGCCAAGACACAGACCCCCCCCCCCCCCAAGCCCAACCCUGUUGCCCCACACCCCUGCCUCGACCCUGGUCGGUCCUCGUGAUGGAGCUAACUAACCCCACCUCCACCCUUUACGCUGCGGUCGUAAAGAUGUUGGGGUAUAAAUUGAGGUGGAAGAGAGGAAUCGGAAAACUCUUGAGAACUAGAUCUAGAACUACAAAACGAGAACAUGAAGAACAUGGUAACGAUGGACUCCAUUGUUGGGAGAAACUGGCCACUGACCUUCCUGGCUGGGACACUGCUCUGGACCACCUGCCUUGCGGUUCCUAUGCAGUGCCACUUCAACUCCAAAGCGCUGUGUGUGUACGAGGGGAGACACUUCUCUCUGGGGGAGUCCUGGAUGGAGGACGGCUGUCUGCAGUGUACCUGUCUGCAUCCUGUCGGCGUCGGCUGCUGCGAGACGGUGCAUCACCCGGUGGACUUCCCAGGGUGGUGCGAGGUUCGGGUGGACACUCUGACCUGUAAGAUGACCCUCGUUCAGAGCGCUGACCCCCGCCUGCCCUGCAGCCCCUGGUAUGGACACAGCCUAGACCCCAGCCACGGCUCACUGGAACACUACUUGAAGCUAGCGGAGUAGACAGGGACGGAAUCACAGUCGGACAGUGGAGGCUGGUGGAGGGAGAAAUCGAAGAACGGGCUCAUUUUAAUUCUAGCCGUUACAAGGAGCCUGUUCUCCGAUUUAAGGUGGCACCAGCCUCCACUGAAGUCGGACGAUCAACCUCCCUCCACCCGCCUGUCUGUGUACUUCAAACGCUCCAUUCUCAUGUGUUGCAGACCCGUAAUUUGUUAACAUUUAAACCUCAUGAAUAUUACAAUAUAAUGUACCAUAAGCAGAAAAGUAUACUCCGUUGGAAUGCAGAGGGGAUCCCACAUAAUAUAAUCCCACAUUUAUGGCAUUCUGUAAUGCUCUACUGUAAAUAUCAACUCUUAUAGUAAUAUAUCUAACAUUUAGUGUCGUAAUUGUUCUGUAUUGCAGUUAUAUUCAGUUAUCCUCUAAAUAAAAUUCUCAUUCA